UCACAAGCACAGUCGCGAUUAUUUGAGACGUAGCGCGCCAAACGCAUUGGAUUUUGGCAAUUUAUUAAUAAAUUACAAAUUUACAUCAAUUUUGUACACUUGCACUCAUAUAUAUCCGCCGCGAAAAAUGAACAAACAAAGUUAUUUUCCAAAUUACUAUGCUGUCGAAGACAUCUUCGUAACUCAAGAAAAGGUCGAAUCCAAAGUUAACACGAAACUAUUGAAAAUGGGCUUCCUUGAUCCGGGUGCGGAGUCGGAUGAUUUAAAUGCUGGGCGCACAGUGAAUCUGCCUUUGUGGUACAUAAAGGAGCUGAAAGUUAAUAACCCAUAUUUCACAGUACAUGUGCCGGAUAUCUACAAAAAUGUACAUAAAGCGGUGUGUGAGGCAGAAACAACCCACAUUGAGUUGGGCAAGUUACAUCCUUACUUUUAUGAAUAUGGACGAUACUUGACUCCUUAUGAUCGCAAUCACAUUGUGGGCCGGAUUGUGUUUGAAACAAUGCGCCAACGUGUGCGACAUUUGCUUGACAUUUCAAAGAACACUACAGAAGAUGGAAAACCAGAACACCGCUUAGACGAUAUAGAGCAGAAACUGUAUGAAUCCGGCGUCAAAACAAAUACACAGUUUACGAACUGGCUGCAAAUGAAAUCCAACAAAAUAAGUGUCAGCGAGUUGGUCCAUGAGCACAGCAAAAAACGGAAACGAGAUCAACUAGAGCUUGACGGAGAAAGUACUUCACCAGAUCAACCACGCAAAAGACCAACGUUUUAAUUGACCCACGACAGUCGGUUCUAUUUACGUUACCGGAACGACGCAAAUUUUUAGCCGGCCAAAGACUGUCACUCCAGCAGCAUUCUCUGCACGUGUAUGGGGAAUGUUUAUGCUGCUAUAACAACAACAACAACCAACGUGUUAAUCAAAAACGUCAAUAUUUUAACAUAGAAUUUAAGAAUAUUUUUUAUUUGUAUGUAUUAACAGCGAGAACCAAUUAAACAAAUCUGCUUGCUAUAGCUAGAACUUUAGUGUAA